CAUAUCUUGACGUUACCAUCUCAAUCAGCCCCCGAUAUAAGAUGGAAAUCUGUCAUGUAUCAUACCGGUGGUAUGAACGUUCACAGAUCCUCACUCAUAAAUGACGAGCAUUUAAGAUCACUUUAUCUUAGUCAUCAACACCGGGCAACAGAAAGUGCUAAACCCACUUCAGUGCAAUGUGCCGUAUCCACUACUGAAACCCGUAACCACCCCUGAAGAAACCCACAAACCCUGAAUCUAUUCGACAGGCGCUGAUCGGAUUAAUAUAUCCUAGCUCGAUCGUGCAUCCGGGCUUAUUUCGAAGGAAGAGAUUACCAUGCUGUUCCUCGAAGCACCGAACGAGAUAAUCCUCCAGGUCUCCAAAUACCAGUCCCCGCCGGACCUAUGCUCCCUACUAAGAGCAAACCGCCGUCUUGCGAAUCUCCUAGGUGAUGCUUUACUUGAUUGUGCCUUACACUCUAUAUCCGAGACAGAGCGGUAUGCCGAGGGUGCUCUCUAUUCGGCUGUGAUCCGUGGCGACGAGCGAGCAGCUAAACGGCUGAUCGACGGCGGGAUCUUCAAACGCUUGGACGAAAAAAAGUUGCUUACAAGGAUCCUAUCGGACCAUGAACGGAGAUGGGGUGAAAAAGCUCUCCCGACGCUUUUGGCGUGUGGUUGCGAUCCGGAAACCCGGGAUUCCGAGGGUAGGACUUUACUGGCUCUGGCGGCAACCAACGGGCUCUUUGAGGCGGUUGAAUUGCUGAUGGACAGGGAUGAUGUCGAUGUCAACUCGACCGAUACUGGGAAUAACACCCCGCUACAUAUGGCAGUUGAGGUGGGUGAUUAUGAAGUGGUCCAGCUUCUGAUGGAUGAUGAGAGGGUCGAUGUUAACAGGCCCAACAACAAUAACCGCACACCGCUUCACAUAGCAGUCAUGAUGGGCCACGAUGAGGUUGUGCGCCUGCUUCUCGAACACAGCGAGAUAAAUAUCAACUCAAAGGACAAACUAGGUUGGACACCAUUAUCAUAUCCCGCUGACGCGAUGAACCCGACGGGCUAUCUAGCAUCCGUACAGCUCCUACUGAACGACAAGAGAAUCGACGUCAACCUCGGAAACAAGCACCGCCGUACACCCCUCCACACGGCGGUCACGAUGGGUCACGAGGCUGUAGUGCGUCUCUUGCUGGGCCGGGAUGAUCUCGACGUCAAUGUAAGGGAUAGCAUCGGCUGGACCCCACUAUCCUGCGCCGCCGGCUCUGCGAACACUACUGGGCGUCCAACGGUUUUACAGCUACUCCUCAACGACCAUAGGGUCGACAUAAAUACCAAGGACAAGCGCGGGGGCACACCACUCCACCUAGCAGUCAGGAUGGGCCAUGAAGCGGCGGUGCGGCUUCUGCUGGACUGCAGUGACAUCAACAUCAAUGUGAAGGAUAUCUCCGACAAGACGCCGCUGGCUUACGCGUCGGGUGAAUACGAAACGAUCGUGCAGCUUCUGAUGAACUAUUUAAGGGUUUAGCUCAGCACUCAUGCGGUCGGGGGAUUGUUGAUGAGUCACGGCUGAUUAAUGGUACGGCCGCCUCUACCUCUAGGAAUGGUGGUUAUUAUGAUCUCACGGGUUUGUUGACGAAAAAGGUAUAUAUACUAGACCUUUUCUUGUUCCCAUACAGAAGUGGUUGUAGGAUUCUGUCAUUGUCAUCAUCGAUCAUUGUCAGAGAGGGAGAGACGAAUUAGCACGAGUAACCUUUAGGUGGCGUGCCCCGUGCCGUGGUGGAACUACGGAACAUACAGCUGGAAAUAUGGAGCUAUCCCAUCUCAAACGAGUUCUGGGCCCUCGGGUCAUUUGAUGGAAGUCGGGUGUUGACAUAUGCACCGCUCUAGGUUAACACAAUCUAGGAGGAGGAACUUUCUGCAACCCCGCUGGUUGGCGGUUUUUUUUUUCUGAGGAUCAGUGAAAUACUCUCUCUAUCUCUUAUAGUAGCACGAUUUAAACCCUUAGUUGCCCUUGGAGUGUUUUUUUUGUUGCUUUUCUACCCUCGAUUUCUCUACCCUCACUUUACUGUUUGACCAGGAGAAAAUUGCAGAUUUAAGAAUCGUCUCUCUGUAAUUCAGUGUCCUACCAAUCUCGCUGCUAUAGAAUGCAACUACCUACUAUCUUGUCACCCUCUCAGUCAGUUGCAGUUAUAAUAACAACUUUAGCCCCCGAGCACACGAGUUGCCGGGGCUAUACCAUCAACGCACUUGAAGAGCCUCAAGCAAAGGGAUAUCCGACGCCCGGUAUCACACGAGCGGCCUCCCACCCGCGUAUCUUGAAAAGCUUUCCUCCAAAAGGCCGACCAACAACAAGUCGAGACGCACCGGGCACUACUAACCCAUUAUCCUCCAUUCUCACCCCUAACUUACUCAUAAAGGAUCACUCGCUAUAACCCACCAAUAGAGGCCGUUUACCAUAAUAACCAGACAGGGGCCAAAGCAUACCAAAAGUGAUGGUUUUCGAGCUAUCAUUACAUAACCACCAUGGGCGGAAACAGCAUAGAAAAAAAAAAAGAAAAAAAGGGUAAUUUGUUGUGAUACCACGCAUAUGAAAAAGUGUGGGAUUUUUUUUUUACCUUCCGUUCUCCCAGAGUUGUGAGGUGUGGAAUGUUCAUACUUGUACCCAUGAGGUAUCUGCCAAGACAGAGGUUUUUGUAAUGGAAAAGGUACAUUGUAACUAGCCUUACUGUACCCAAUUCAUGUGCCUGCGGCUCUCUACAAACAAUAGAAAAAAACUCAAGAUAAAUAUAUAUUAUACUUCAGACAUGUCAAGUUUCUUUAAUUUUUUUUUCAAAGGCCGAGUUUCGAGAUAUCUGUGGAGUUAUC